UUUUGUAAUCUUUAUUGGUUUUUGAAUUGAGAUGUGAUGGUUGAUGGUAUUUUAACGAAUGUCUGAAAUUUGUUUUUAAGUAAUCCCUAUACUUCUUUAUACUUACUUUACUUCUGCAUUACUUUGUAUUUUUUAAUUUGUUGGUUUCAGUAUUCUGUCUUUUUACAAGCUUUUUCGAUAAAACUGGUAAAUUGGUUUGUCUCAAGUCUUCUGCAAAGUCUUGCUAGUAAUUGAAGUUUGGAUGCAUGACUAUCAGUUUGCAGUUUUCGCGAUUUUAUGGCUAUUUAGAAUUUCUCUUUUUUCUCCAAAAAAAUAUCUAUUUGAUUGGAUUUGAUAAUCUCUUGUUGUUCUCAGUCCUGUUGCUAGUUUGUUUCUUUAAUUAUUGGGUUGAGGAAGCUACAGUUAAUCAGAACUCUCGUAUAAUGAUGUGCUAGUUUUUCCUCAUCAAUUGAUUGAUUUGUAAAUUGUUAAAUUGUAAAGAAUGUAGGAAAAUAGUCUGUAGUUAUCUAAGUGAUUGCGUUGCUUUCAUGACCUUGGGACUCCUCCUUUGAUCUGCAUCUGCAAAGCCCACUUCUUUUCUGGGCAUUUGGGCAGCCUGCUUGGGAGGUAUCCUUGCCUCGUGGCGUGAAGCUCUUUGUGUUGGUCUUUGUUUGCAUGGUAACGCCUAAGGAAUUUUGGAAUUAUGAAGUUCAAAGAAGGAAAUAAAGUGGAAGUAUUGAGAAGAAAAAAAGAUCCAUUUGGCUCUUGGUAUCCUGGAAAAAUAAUUUCAGUAGAUGGGGAUCAGUACACUGUUAGAUAUGAGUUGUUGAAUAAUGAAGGAAAGCCAAUUGUUGAGAAGGUAAAUGUAGAAGAUGUUAGGCCUGAGCCACCACCUAAGAAGGGAGGGGAGAAAUGGGUGCUCGGUCAUAUAGUUGAAGUUUUUGAUUUUCAUUCUUGGAGGGCUGGGAAAAUUGCCAAAGUGAUGAAUAACAACCGGUUUGUCAUCAGACUAUUUGGGUCUAUCCAGCUUAGAGAAUUUGAUAAACCUACUCUUCGGGUUCGGCAAGUGUGGCACAACAACAAGUGGGAUUUGAUAGAGAAGGUUGAUGGACCUAAACUAAUCAAGAGAAAAGUAACACAAAAUUGCUUGAAGUACUCUCAUGCUUUGGGCGGUGAUGCUCAACAAUCAAUCUGCAAAGACACUCUAACAAGAGAGAGAAAUGAGAGGGAAGAGUUCAAGACAUUUCCCACUGUGAAAACUUCAAAGAGGAAUUACAUCUGUGAUUUUGAAUCAUCACCACAUGAUGCAGUUAGCCGACAAGGUGGUAAAAAGGGGAAACCAAGCAUAAAAAUUGAAAAUUUUGACAAGUCACAUAUGAGAACUCUUACAUUCCCUAAACAGGUAGAUGUCGUUUCUUCCCCAAAUCUGGAAAUGGGUGAGAAAUGCAUAAAUGGAUCUUUUGAAAUGAAGGUUAAAAUGGGUAAAACAAACAAUUUUGCCUUACAUCCAUCUUCCAUGCCUGUUCAGGCUACUCAAGAGAGUAAAGAAUGCUCUGUUUCUAGCUGUAGCAGUAAUGACUACCAGGAAUUUACUGCUCAAAAUUUCAGAAAACCUAGGAAAAUUCCUAUCAUCUCUUUCAGUGAUGCUGGGUCAUCCUGUCCAUCUAUAUCUGGGUUGAAGGAUUUGCAUUCCUGUGCCGAAGAAGAACUAGAAGCCAACAUCCAUAGAUUAGAGCUACAUGCAUAUAAGUCAACUGUUCAGGCAUUAUAUGCUUCUGGUCCUUUAAGCUGGGAACAGGAGUCCCUCUUAACAAAUCUUCGUCUAUCUCUUAACAUUUCAAAUGAGGAGCACCUUCUCCAGUUGAGGCACCUCUUAUCUUAAAAAGUUCUUUGAUCAUCUUUAUUAAUUUUCUUUUUGUUACUAGACUAGAAUUCAGAGCAGCUUAGAAUAGCAGUCAAAACAUUCUUUUAAAUGUUAAAUCCUUUUUACUUGUUAAUUAUGAUGAGUUACACAAUAAGAGCGGGAAUCUUUUAUCAGGUCUGAGGUAGGUUUUAAUCAUAAAUGAGUUCUUAGAAAUAAUCCAGCAGAACUGUGUUUUGCUUUCAAUGUAUAUAUGUAAAUGUUAGUCAAGAGAUCUGGUUUUAGUUCUUGAAAUUCAAGGUCUGAAGUGGAUAUUUGAUGUAUGUUGUAUUAAUGAAGGUGCUUCCUCCAAGAAACACUCAAAUUCACUGGAAUUGCUUACAAUAAAUCAUUGUUGAAAUGAAACUAUACAUUGUAAAGUUAUAGUUUGGAAGCAUUAGAAAUUUCACCAAUAGGCUUUUUCCAACUACAUUUUUUAUAUUGAACAUAGUAAAGCU